AUGGAAUCAAGGUUUCUUGUCUUCCCUAACAUGCGUUCAGGCGGCGAUGAUGCACAGGAUACUAGAUCGUACCGAGUGUUUCAGAAGCAUAUAGUGAAGCGCGUAGGGAAGAAGAUCACAUGUCUUACCAAAGGGCUGAGUUCAUCAGAGGAUAAGUAUCCUGAUUUUCAACAAAUUGGGGAUCUUUAUGGGGUGAUCCUCGAACAAUAUGGCAUGCAUUUCUACAAGGCGAUCACCAACAACAGGAACUUGUUGGUGAUUAUGGAUAGGAGAGUCCAUACCGCCAUGGACUUGAAAAAGUGGCUAAUUAUGAUUAUGGAGCUAGUUGGAAAUAACUUAGAGAUAUUCCCACACGGCUGCCAAUGGUUGCUAUUGUUUGUUGAUAGGAGUAAUCUAGUGAAUAUCAAGGACUUGUUAAAGAAUUUAAAUUGGAUAGGUGGAGAAAUCGUACAAAACUUUGGUGACUGCUGUACUGGUGAUGAAAAUCCAGUCUGUUGGAACGACACAGAUUUUAUAACGAUUCGUUUUGAAUGUUGA